AUGUCGCUGAACGACCUCUUCAGCGCCAACUCCCCCUCCCCUCCCCCACAGCGGGCGCAGGAGGAAUCUCUCUUCUUCUCCCCCGGCGCGACGCCCCUCGCCUCGCAGCGCAGUGUCCGCUCCGUCUCGCCCGUCUCGCCCUCUCACUGCGAGCUGCACGCGAAUGUGAACGGGCGCGAGAUCGACAUCGAAGACGACCCCUUCACGGCGCAAGACCCGCUCGGCCCCGGCCCACUGACGCACAAUGCCUUCUCGGCCCUUCCGGACGAUAACGACCCGCUGAACUUUGGCGGCGAGGGCGAAGGUGGCGGAGAGCCGGCGAAGAAGCGCCGCAAGAUGGCGAAAGUGGACCACGAACGGCUCAUGGCGCCCGCUGGUCUCCCGCGGCUCAUGAAGAUUGCGAAGAGCUGGAAGGUGAAGGGCAAAGGGAGGGAGAAGGAGGACCUCGGCCUGCUCGUCGACAUGUACACUGUCUGGGCGCACGGCAUGUUCCCCAAGGGCGACUUCAAGUAUACGAUUGGGCGCGUCGAGGCCGUGUGCAGGACGAACCGCAUGAUCAACUCGAUCGCGGGCAUGAAAGACGUCUUCUACGGGCGCAACCGCUCCGCGUCCCCCGGCGGGGACAUUCCAGACGACGCAGACCUCGACGGUGACUUUAACGAGCUGCCAGACGACCUCGCCGCGCUCGAGAGCAACAUUGUUGCGUCCCAGCCCGGGCUCAAGUCUGUAGUCAGCGAACCGCUCUUCGCGCCCGACGAGGACGAGGACGAGCUCGCUGCGCUGGCUGAGGCGGAGGCCGAGGCGUCGAGGGCACAGACCCAGCAACAACGACCGCGGCCAACUGUGGUGGAUAUGGGCGACGCGCCGAUCGAUAUUGGCGAGGAGGACGAGUGGUAG